AUGAGUCAGAUCGCGAGACGCCGGAGGAAAGGACCACCGUCGAAUGCGGAUCUGGGGCGACGUAUGAGUUCGUCGCCGGGUGAAUCGAGAUAUGAGCUCCGUCGAGGUCAAAGUCGGCGGAAUGUGAGCUACAACUUCGAUUUCUACGAUUACCUCGACGAGGAGGAGGAAAUAGAAGAUGAAGAGGAGAAGAAGAGGCAGAAGAAGCUUAAGCAUGUCCUCAACCUCAACCAGAGCCGAGCCAGAGCUGAUCCUCCGACUAGCAGCCCGGGAAGAGCGGCGGCGCGUGUGAAUGAAAGAGGAGGAGCAGAAGAAAUUGAUGAUGAGAGUGAAGCAGAUCAGGGAGAGGAGGAGGAGGAAGAAGACGCGAGUGAGAAGAGGCAAGUGAAGAAGAGAAAAAUCAACCGUCGCGAGGAUGAAGAUGAGAAGGAUUACGAUGAGGCAGAGGAGGAUGAAGAAGAUGAUGAUCACGCAGAUUCCGAUGAAGAUAAUGAUAAGGAAAGGAAGAAGAGCGCUUCUGGUUCUGGGACUUCUUCAGAUUCAACACCUAUCCUCGACAAGAAGUCCUUGGAGCUGAUCCUUGACAAACUUCAAAAGAAAGACAUCUAUGGUGUAUAUGCAGAACCGGUUGAUCCUGAAGAGCUUCCGGAUUAUCAUGAUAUGAUAGAGCAUCCCAUGGACUUUUCCACAGUGAGGAAGAAGCUUGCAAAUGGAUCAUAUCCUACAUUGGAAGAGCUUGAGAGCGAUGUCUUACUGAUUUGCUCAAACGCGAUGGAGUACAAUUCCUCAGACACUGUCUACUACAAACAUGCGAAGACUAUUCAGGAAAUGGGGAAGAGGAAGUUUGAGAAGGCGAGGAUCAAGAUUAAACGUGCUGAAAAAGAGCUUAAAACACAUGAAAAGGCAAAACCUGGCAGUUCUGGAGAGAAGCAAGUGAGACAGCAAUUAAGUCGGAAUGGUCUUCUAGAGCCUGUUACUUCUGAUCUCUCGUCUGGUGCGAAGCUUACUAGUGGAGGAGCUUUACAAAACGAGCCUCUUUCAACUCAAACCGGCGGACAUAACAUCGACGUGCUUUUUGAGGGAAACACAUCCUUAAUAAACAAUCUGGAGAAAGCAGAAGAGUUAUCAUCCGGUAAAGAUCUCGUUAGCAAGUGCGGGAGGAAGCUGUCGGUUGUUGAAGAAGACCGCCGUGCAACUUAUGGCAGUUCUGAUCAGCAGACCGAUAGAUCAGAAUCGAUAUUCACAACAUUUGAGAGUGAAAUCAAGGAGUUUGUUCCUGUAGGGCUUCAUGCAGAGCAUGCAUAUGGUAGGAGCCUUGCACGUUUCGCUGCGACUCUUGGACCCGCUGCAUGGAAAAUAGCAUCUCAGCGAAUCGAGCAAUCACUACCUGCAGACUUCAAGUUUGGUCGGGGAUGGGUUGGAGAAUACGAGCCGCUUCCUACACCAGUACUUGUGUUUGAAACCUGCCUGCCUAAAGAAUCACCUAAAGAAGCAUCUAUGUUUUGGAAGCCACAAUCAAAUGUUGCUGCCGCAAAGAAGAACGAGGCACUGUUCAAGACUCCUGUACCUGCAGAGGAGCAACAAUGUUACAGACCCGCUCGAGAUGGAAACCGUGCAGUCCCGUUCCCAACAUCAAUCGGAGCUGUGUCAGAAAGAAGUGUUGCUACGCAAGUAGGGAACCUAAAAUCUAUGAGCCAACAUGAAUAUCGAAAUCCUCCUCCGGUAGAUUUUGUCAAGCCUCAGAAUAGGAUUCCUCAGCAAGUAGAACUGAAUUUACCACCACCAGCAGAGCAGACCAGUUCCGGUGACCUAAGCUUUGGAAAACCAGAUACAUUGGCAUCAUCGUACAGAUCAUCAAAUGACAUGAUGAGGAACAUGACUCCUACAGAUUCUGAACGUUACAAUCACCACAUGACUGUUAACGGGAACUUCCCCGGUGGAUUGAGUAAUGGCAGAGUCUCCAGCGGUGUGAACAACAGAAUGUUUGAAGUAUCAUCAGCAAAAGGUACACAACAACCCAUGAGACAGCAGAGUCAAAGCCACGUUGGACAAGCACAGUUGAUGAGCAACUUCAACGAAAACGCUAGAACACAGCACAACACCAAUGCUCAGCUAGAUGUUUCAUCACCAAAGUCCGCAAGAAGUGAAGAUUCGAGCAAUGCUUCUGCAGCAGCAGCAAGAGCAUGGAUGUCCAUAGGGAACAAUAAUAAACAAACAAGCAGCCAGAUUUCUGCAGAGUCCUUGUACAAUCCAUCAAGGGAACAACUUUACCACCAAGCUUUUAAACCGAAAGUCCCCGAAGGAACACACUUCUUUCCUCAAAGGAAUGGUUUACCUUUCCAGACUUUCGUGCACCAGCCGGUUCACGGGAUGAUGAUGAACGGAGGACCACCAAAUGUUUUCCCUCAGAUGGCCGCUCCAACUUCUGAUUACACAAGAUUCCAUGUCCAGUCUCCAUGGCAAGGAGGUGUUACUCCAUAUGUACAGUUAAACCAGAGACGAGAGAAUCUCAACUUCCCGCCAGAUUUGAACAUUGGAGUCCAUUCGCCUGAUUCUCCUGCAAGACAUUCCCAACAGCCUGAUUUGGCGCUGCAGCUCUAG